UGAAGUAGGUAAGAGCUACUAUGUUGGAAUAAAUGUGGUUCAUAUAUAUAUGUAGCACUGACGUUGUUCGUGUGAUGCGCCAUCAAAAUUCACAUGGCGGAUCAUAGAUGGUUGGUGGUAGCAGCAGCACUAGUUGUUCUAACUGGUUCAGCGACGGCGUGCUCCUUCUCCUCCAUCUUCAGCUUCGGCGAUUCCCUUGCUGACACCGGAAACUUGUACCUCAGCUCCGCAUUACCCUCUCACCAUUGUUUUUUCCCUCCCUACGGCCGAACCUACUUUCACCGCCCCUCUGCUCGCUGCUCCGAUGGACGCAUCAUCAUCGAUUAUAUCGCUGAGUCUCUGGGACUUCCAUUUGUGAAACCGUAUCUAGAGAUCAAGAAACAUGGUGGAUUGGAAAAUUUUAAUGUAGAGGGGGGAGCCAAUUUUGCUGUUAUUGGAGCCACGGCGUUGGAAGAGACCUUCUUUCAAGACAAGGGCAUUCAACUUCCCGUCAAUUACUCUUUGCCGGUACAAUUGAAUUGGUUCAAAGAAUUGCUCUCUGCACUUUGCAAUUCUUCCACAAGCUGCCAUGAAGUUCUUGGAAACUCAUUAUUUAUUGUGGGAGAGAUUGGAGGCAACGAUUUCAAUUAUCCUUUAUUCGGACGAAUGAGCAUAGCAGAGAUUAAAACAUACGUACCGCCAGUAAUCAAUGCAAUAACUUCAGCUAUCAAUGAAUUGAUUGAUCUAGGUGCACGCACGCUCAUGGUUCCUGGCAAUUUCCCACUGGGAUGCAAUGCAAUCUAUUUAACAAUGUAUGAAACCACAGAUAAGAACCAAUAUGAUCAAGCUGGGUGCUUGAAGUGGCUAAACGAGUUUGCUGAAUUUUACAACCAGAAGCUCCAACUUGAAAUUCACAGGCUUCGGGAACUUCACCCUCAUGCUAACAUCAUCUAUGCUGAUUACUACAAUGCUGCAUUGCCAUUAUAUCAGAAUCCCCAAAAAUUUGGUUUUAGAGGUCUGGAAAUAUGUUGUGGAAUGGGAGGUCCUUACAAUUACAAUGCAUCAGCAGGUUGUGGGAGUCCUGGAGUGAUUGCUUGUGAUGAUCCUUCUGAGUAUAUUGGGUGGGAUGGUAUUCAUUUGACGGAGGCAGCAUAUGGAUUUAUUGCUGAUGGUUUGAUGAAUGGACCAUACUCCGUCCCUCAAUUUAGUACUUUGUGCCUAAAAAAUAAUGUAAACUCUGGAUAUAUCCAAUAGCUACAUUGUAACAUAAUGGGACUUAUAGUAAUUUGGAUGUUUCCACCGGAGGGAAUGUACAGAAGAGAUGAUAAAUAAGUUUGAAUAAAUGCUUGAUUUUACAGACUCCCCGGGGUUUGCUCUGUUGUAAACAUGAAUUAUUAUUGUUGAUUGAUUCAAUCAACAGUCAACACAUAGCCAUUGUAUGUAAAUUUGACUGCUAUGAUGAUACCUAUUCCAUGAGAUGGACUCAGAUUUUUAUC